AUGCAUCAUUAUGGGACCUACACGGUGGAAAACCAUGCUGGGAAAACCUGCAUCAAAGCCACCAUGGGAGUAGAAUACAUUGUCCGCGAAAAGAAGAAGUCCUGGUAUUUUAACCUGAACCCGUCCAGAGUCAUAACCCAUGGUAGUUGUGGAGAAGACAUUGCUACCCUUUUUCUCAUACUGCCGGGUUAUGGUGCCACUCUGCAGUUCGAAUUCAAAAAGGCAGCGACUCUUUUCUAUGUCACCGACCUGACUGCUCACCUGUCUCCUCGGCCUGUCUGCCUGGGAUGUGCCAAUAAAACAUACUCAGGUUUAAUCACAAAUGACAAGCUGUUUGCAGCAGGCGAUGGUCAGAGCUUCAAGUGCAGUUCUGUGAGUCUGCUUUCCACCUCUUCGGAGCUGAGGAUCAAGCUGGUUGGCUUACAGGUGCAGGCCUUCAGGGUGCCAACAUUCCUGUUUGGAUCAGUGGUGGAUUGUUGGACUGAUUAUUACAAGGAGCUCAUUCCCAUCAUCCUUGGGGCCACAGUGCUGACCCUCGUCAUGACCGCUUUGCUGGUCUUCUUGCUCAUCAAAGACCGCCACAGAACAGGCUACGUGAGGAUCUGAGUCUGAUGUGAACCUGGAUGCAGAUUAUCUUCACCUCAAAGACCACUCCAACCCCUGUCACCAUUACGAAAAGU